AACACUAGCUAGCAGCCAUACUUACUAGUACCACGAAGCCGAUCGGUCGAGAAGAUCCAUCGGAUUAACACCCACCAGCCCGCGCGCCAUGUCGUUCCUCCCGAUCCCACUGCCAGUCGUUGGAGACAUAGCCAGCAAGCUGCACGACCAAGAGAAACCGCGCGGCAACGGCACGACGUCGGCGGCGGCGCCUAUCGUCGGCACCGUGGCCAGCAGGUGGCGCGAGCUCCACGGUGAGAACUCGUGGAAGGGCCUCCUGGACCCUCUGGACCUGCACCUCCGCGCCACCAUCAUCUCCUACGGCGAGAUGGUGCAGGCCACCUACGACGGGUUCAACACGGAGAGGCGCUCCCCGCACUGCGGCGCGUGCUUCUACGGCCACGACGACCUACUGGCCGGCGUGGGGGUGCCCCACCACGCCAACAACUACCAGGUCACCAAGUUCGUCUACGCCACCUCGUCGCUGCCACUCCCCGAGUCCUUCCUCCUGCUGCCGCUCCCGUCGCUGCCGGACGUCUGGAGCCGAGAAUCCAACUGGAUGGGGUACGUGGCCGUGGCCACGGACGAGGGCGCCGCCGCGCUCGGGAGGCGCGACAUCGUCGUGGCGUGGCGCGGCACCAUCAAGAACCUGGAGUGGGUCAACGACCUCGACUUCACGCCCGUGCCCGCAGCGCCCGUUCUGGGCUCCGCGGCGAGCCAGAACCGCUUUGCCGUCGUGCACCGAGGGUUCCUGUCCGUGUACACUUCAAGCAACAAGAGCUCCGAGUUCACCAAAACCAGCGCCAAAGAACAGGUUCUCAAGGAGGUCAGGAGGCUUGUGGAGUUGUACAAGGACGAGGAGGUCAGCAUCACCGUUUGCGGUCAUAGCCUCGGUGCAUCGCUCGCCACCCUCAACGCCGUUGACCUGGUGUCUAGUGGCGCCAACAAACCCGAGAGCUCCACUAAAUCGUUCCCUGUGACUGCUAUUGUGUUCGCAAGCCCCCAUGUCGGGGACCGCUUCUUUAGGUCAGCGUUCAACUCAUUCCCAGACCUGAAGGCACUUCAUGUGCAGAAUGCUGGCGACAUUGUGCCCAUGUACCCACCUUUGGGAUAUGUGGAUGUGGCCGUGGAGCUGACCAUAAGAACAAUCCGCUCUCCGUAUAUGCGUAUGCCGGCCACGGUGUUGACGCUCCACAAUCUCGAGUGCUACCUACAUGGAGUGGCUGGGGAACAAGGCAGCGCUGGAGGGUUCAAGCUAGAGGUGGAACGUGAUGUGGCGUUGGUGAACAAGGGUGUCGAUGCGCUCACGAACGAGCACCCAGUGCCGGCAGAGUGGUGGGUCCCUAAACACAAGUUCAUGGUCAAGGGGAAGGAUGGACGAUGGACACUCCAAGACUUCAAGCACAUCUGAGUUACUCCCAUCGGCCAUGGAGGGUGCAUUAUCCCUUGAUGUGAUUCAUGGUGGCUUACUCGGUUCAUGGCGUCUUAGUCCUUGCGAAGGUUCUUAAAUAAAAGCUAUGGCUUGUUAAUGUUCCUAGCAUAUUUACACUAUUAUGCAAACACAAGGACGGUAAUACAAAAUAUAGUAUGUGUGACACAUCAAUAUGGUGAAACACUUCCCAUCGACAAAUCCUUUAGUGUUCUUCAUGACAUAUGUGUAUUUGGUUUCAAAUAUGAAGGUACCUUCCUUUGUUAUCUUUA